AUGCAGUUUCUCACCGCCGGUUUCGAAGACUCUAGCGCCCUCUUCGGCGGUAAGGGCAUUGCAAGAUGGCUUUCCGACUGGCGUUUCCAGCCAAACGUCACCCCAUUCAGCUAUUGGGCCUGGCCGGUCGGUGCUUCUGUCAUGUAUGUCUUAAUUCUAUUCUCCUUGCGGCAUGUCAUGGCCACGCGCAAGGCGCUUGAAUUUCCCCGCAUCCUCUUCCUGCACAAUAUCACCUUAUGUAUUGCAAGCCUCUUUCUCGGCUCUUGGUUGACGUACACCCUUGCCGACGCCUUCGUCAAUGGCUUGACGGCAUAUCAACUAGUCUGCUCGAGGCAAAUUUACGAAAACGGCCACAUGCACAUGAUCUACUACAUCAACAUGUUUUUUAAGGUUUGGGAAUUUCUAGACACCUUUCUCCUCGUCGUCCGGAAAAAACAAGUCGCUUUUUUGCACGCAUAUCAUCACGCCGCCACUCUCAUCCUAACUUGGAACCAGCUCAUGGAGCAUUCCUCCCCGCAGUGGGUUCCCAUCGUCAUUAACCUUUGGGUACACGUACUCAUGUACUACUACUACGCCAUGUCCGCUCUGCGUAUCCGCAUCUGGUGGAAGAAGUAUCUCACCACUCUCCAGAUCUGCCAGUUUGUCAUUGACGUUACCAUCAUUGGUUACGCCUACUUCACGUUCAUCCGCGCUGGGUUUGACGAUACUGUUUGCUAUGGUACCACAACUGGAGCCUUGGUCGGCCUCGGUGUUCUGUUUUCUUAUCUUCUACUAUUCGUCCGCUUCUACUUCCAGACCUAUUCUAAACCUCGCUCAAAAGAAUCAGCCAAAAAGGUUCAAUAACUCACAUCUUAAGCUGCUGUUCGCUUCCUCCCAAGGAAACCACUUUUUCACGUUCGAAAUUGGACCACCACAUCGCAACGCGAACGGUAAUCCACGUACAAGCAGGAAGCCUAGAUUCCUGACUGCGAGAGCAUUUUUCGAAGCUGCUCCUAGUGUGUACUACUUUUUGUCUAUGCGAAUAUUUCGCAUCGUUACCAUGUCGUAUUAUGCGGCACCGAUCGGAGUAAACAAAUAAGAUCAUUAUCUCAGAAA